GAAAAUAAAAAAUCAGUGUCCUCUAUCUUUCUCACUCCAUGUGAACCCACCAAAACCUUUCUCUCUCCUCUCUCCUCUCUCUCUCUCACUUUUUUCAGUAUAUAAGCUCAAUUCAGAUCUCUCUCAACUAGUUUUUUUGCGGACCCAGAAUCCAUUAUGGGGUUAGGGUGCAGGUGCGGGUGCCAGGUUUUUUUGUCUUUGUUCUUGUGUGUAUUCCUGUUCUUGCAACAAGCCAAUGCACAACAACACUAUUACAAUAUAACCCGUGUAUUGAAAGGAAGAAAACAAGUGAGUGGUUGCAAUUUGUUUCAAGGCAAAUGGGUGCCUGAUGCUUCAUAUCCUUUAUAUGAAUCCUCAGGUUGUCCCUUCAUUGAUGCUGAGUUUGACUGCAUAAAGUAUGGAAGACCUGAUAAGCAGUUCCUCAAGUACUCCUGGCAUCCUGACUCUUGUGUCCUACCAAGGUUUGAUGGAGGGGAUUUUCUGAGGAGAUGGAGAGGGAAGAAGAUAAUGUUUGUGGGUGACUCACUGAGUUUGAACAUGUGGGAAUCAUUGGCUUGUAUGGUUCACGCGUCGGUGCCGAAUGCCAAGACAACUUUUGUGAGGAAGGACUCACUGUCAACUGUGUCUUUUGAGGAUUAUGGGGUAACUCUGCUUCUGUAUAGAACGCCAUAUCUAGUGGAUAUAAUUAGGCGAAAAGUAGGACGAGUACUGACGCUAAACUCAAUCCAAGCUGGAAAUGCCUGGAAAGACAUGGACAUGCUCAUCUUCAACUCAUGGCAUUGGUGGACUCACACCGGAAGUUCUCAGGCAUGGGAUUAUAUUCAAGAUGGGCAGGCAUUGUAUAGCAAUAUGGACCGCCUUGAAGCAUUUAGCAAAGGGUUGAGUACUUGGGCUAGAUGGGUUGAUCUCAAUGUUAAUCCUGCUAAAACCAAAGUUUUCUUCCAGGGCAUUUCUCCAACUCAUUAUAUGGGGAAGGAUUGGCAUUCAACGAAAAAGAACUGCUUGGGAGAAUUAGAUCCACUCUCAGGAUCUACAUAUCCGGCAGGGGCACCUCCAGCUGCGGCUGUAGUGAACAAAGUAUUAAGCACAAUGAAGAAGCCUGUUUAUUUGCUUGAUAUAACCACACUCUCGCAAUUGAGAAAAGAUGCUCAUCCUUCAAGCUACAGUGGUGACCAUUCCGGUACGGACUGCAGCCACUGGUGCCUUCCAGGACUGCCUGAUACUUGGAACCAGCUCUUGUAUGCAGCUCUUGUCAUGUGAUUCUGAAGGGUCAAUACGCUACACAACAACAGUUUCUGUUUUUAGUUUUUUUUUUCUAUACAAAUUGUUUAUAAAUUAUAUUUAUGGAGGUGAAGAAAUUUCUCAGAACAAUAAGGAGGCAAAAAAUCAAUUUUAAAGUGAUUGAUUUUUUAGACCAAAAUAAUUGCUUUCGGAUUGUAGGAAGGUGUAAUUGACAGAUGGUUGAUGGCUAUCAAAGGGAAGUGUGAAUUCCGUAUUGUAAACUUUA